AUGGCCAAGCCGACGGCCGGGGUGGAGAGCCAGGCUUCCGGCCUCCGAAGGAGAGGCGAUGUCGAUCUGUACCGGUUGAGCGCCGAAGUUCGAGCCUUCGGACGGCGCUUUUCCUGGCAGGCCAGCUUGGACCUCCUCCAGGUUUUGGAAGAUGCAAUGGUGGAGUCGGACUCCGUGGUGUGCUCUUUGGAGCUUGCAGCUUUAGGCUGGGCCCGGCAGUGGGGCCGUUGCCUUCACCUUCUGAAUGAGCUUCCGAAGACCCUUGUGGACACGCCGUGCUGCAAUGCCGCGGCGAGUGCAUGCAGCACGGCUUCUGUUUGGAUCACAGCCUUCCAAGUGGUGGAGGACCUUGCCUGGAGGGCCCUCCUCCCGACUACAGUGUCGGUGAACAGCCUUUUUGCCUCCUUCAAGGAUGGCAACAGCUGGAUGCCGGCACUAGGGCUGCUGUCCUACCUCUCAGAGCACCGAUGCGCAGCCGACACAGAGACCAUCGCCGGUGCGAUUGAGUCGUGCAGGGAAGGUCGGAAUUGGCAUUGGGGAGUUUCCCAGCAGCUGCUUGAGGAGGCGGCUGCCCGACUCCUGGAGACGGGUCGCCGUCACCUCGAGGGAGUGAUGUAUGCAGAGAGUGCAAGCUGGGCUCGGACCAUGUCUCUUCUGUCUCAAGCGAAGCAGUGCAGCUGUGCAGGCGACUCGAGCCUCUACCGUCAAGGGAUCUCCUCUUGUUUGAGUUGUCGAUGUGUGGGGCAGGCGCUGCAGGUUCUUCGCUCCUGCAAGGCAGACGACGUCCAACCGACCACCGCAAUGUACGGGGCUAUUCUUGCAGCCUGCAGCGCUGAGUCCAAGUGGCCUGGCGCCUUGUCAGUCCUGGAGGGUGAACUUGUUCACGGCACAUUUAUGACUGGAGCCGUUGACGGCAGCAUGUGCUGCUCGGCGAUAACAGCAUGUAGGGCACAAACUCAAUGGGCCUGGGCCAUUCGGAUCUUUCGCCAUGCUCGUCCAUGUCCUGGUUUGCUCCCCAUCGGUGCCUCAAUCAGUUCUCUGGGACAUGCAGCACGCUGGGCACAGGGUCUGGACAUAUUGCGCACUGUCGACUCCUGCCGGAUGCCUUCGGAUGCUUCGAAUUGGGACGCCUGCCUCGGCCUCGGAGAUCAGGAGCGCUCUUGGCCAAGAGCUCUCACACUACUCGCCAGCGCCCAAAGCCGGCACUUGGAAGCGAGCACUUGGAGUUACAGCUCCCUUGUGAGCCUAGCUGAGCGGGGCGAAGUAUGGAUCAGGGCGGCGGGAUUUCUGGAAGGCAUGCAGCAGAAGGGUGUGCGGCCGCACGUGGCCGGGUGCAGUGCCGUGAUCGCCUCGGUCCAGGAGUUCCGACACUGGGAAUGGGCAGCACAGGUAUGGGCGUGGAUGAACCAGCAUCAGCUUGAGCCCAACAGCUAUUGCUCCAAUGCCUUGGCCAGCGUCUGCGAGAAAGCGAAGGUUUGGAGACAGUCCCUGAGAAUUCUCUUUUCGGCGAGCUCACGCGGCUUCUCCCUGGAUGCAUUUUCGCUGACUGCCGGCGUUGCUGCCUGUGAGAAGGCCGGCCGGUGGGAGCAGUGUCUCCGAUUGCUGGAAGCCGGCUCGACCGAGACGAAGGGUGGCUCCUCGGCCUCGUCGGCUAUGUCGUUCACUGCCGCCGCGGCGGCGGCCGCACGGGCGGACGCUUGGGCCGAAGCUUUCUGCCUGGGCGCCGCACUUUGGGAGGUGCGAGCGUUGCAGGCGCCAGCAGCUGAGUCCGUGCUUCAUGCGCUGUCGCAGUCUGAUGGUACCCCGGCCACGGCACAGCUGCGGGAGUGGCUCCAGGCAGUUCGAGAUGAGGCAUCGAGCCAGCUAGAGAUGCAGAGCUGGCAAGGCCGUGAGGGAGCUUCUUCUCCACCGGCUGUUGCCCCUCGCAGCCCUCGUGUGGCCUUCCGUGCUGUGCUGGGUGCCGCCGAGCUUCUUUGGGAGGAGCAGGCCGUGACCGCGCAGUUCGACGCCUGCCUACAGCAGCAGGUGCUGCCGAGUGCACGCAGGGCUCUGGAAGAAUUGUCCUUACGUCCAGCGAGCAGGUCUUCGAUCCAUGCGCUUUCUCGAUCGCCCAUGCUGGCACCAUGGAUGUUCGCAGCGUGCACUGACUGUUGCGGUGGACUCUCAAGCGCUUGGCUGCCACUGGCACGGGGUCCGGUCCGCAGGCCCUGCGGCAUCCUGACGGACCUGUUCGCUGUUUCUGCCGGGCGGGUUGCCUGCUGGACUGCAGCCUCCCUUAGCAGUGAGGGAGCCACUGCCCAGCUGGUGCGUGUCCUGGGCUUCCGACGACGCAUCCCAACUACAGCCGGAUGCGACCACGGCAGAGACUUGCACCCGAUUUUCGCAGAAGGGGACAGAGCCCCCCAUGCCGAGCGACAAGCUUUGCUUGACGUUCUCGUCCUGGCUGAUGGCCUGCUUUGCAAGAAAGCGCAAGACUUGCAAGAUAGCUUGGACAAGGUCAACAGGAUGGCCUCGCGGAGAAUGCCAAGAGACUUACCGCUCCUGGACAGUUCGCCGUAG